AUGGGGUGCAGUCAAUCGAAACCUACUGAUGUAUCAGUCCCUGAUGAUAAUAACGCUUAUGUGACGAAGAAAGAGGAGUUCAUGGAGCACAAGCUGGAAAUGUCCAAGAUUGAAGAACCUGAAGCUGAAGAGUUAAAAGCGAAACAAGACGAAGAAGAACCGAUGGACGAAGCAUCAAAGAUACUAGAGCCCGUUGCCCACACGAUUGACUUGACAGCUAUGGAACGGACACCAGGGUCGUCACCUGUGGACGUACCUGAUAGUGUACGCGCCAAUUUUUCGUCCUUUAAUAUCUCGUUUAUUGACCCAACGGUGAGUGCCCCCACGAGUGCCACGACAGAGCCGAAUAUCGCAUCAACAAGGAUGACAGUGAUGUUUAAGGAUUUAAUGAAGAACGACAUGGAAGAGAUAGUAACGGAGAAGGAUACUGUUCACGAGGUAGAGUCGAAUGGGGAGACACAGACGGAGGAAGCUGCUGGUGAACAAGAUGGUGUUGCCGAUAUGAAGAUGGUCGAGGAGCAGGUAGCAAAGGAGAUGGAAGCGCCGGCUGCGAGGACCGAAGAGCAUGUUGCGACCAUUGAAACGGUAAAGGAACUGACUGAGACUGAGGUGAUCAUGGAUGAUGUAGCUGCUCCUCACGAGGAGGAGACAGGUGUUGAGGAGCAGAAUGAUAUCAAGGUGGAGGUUGCAGCUUCUUCUGUAGGAACUGAAGCGACAACAAAUAUUGAGGAGGUGAAUGAAGUUACGGAAGUAGCUGGGAAGGUUGAAGAAGGGGCUUGCAUGGAAGCUAAGGAGUUCGUUGCUGGUAGCGAGGAGACAGGAGCUGUCGUUGAAGAGUCUGUUGCUACUGUGGAGAACACUGAGAAGGAGUAUGUUGUCGAGCCUGUCGUGGAAGUGGUAGCUGAUCCGUCUGCAGAGAAUGUUGCUGGAUAUGGAAAGGAGGAAAUGAUGUUUGAGCCGGCCAAGGACGAAAUCAAGGUUGAUGAGUCAGCUUUGAAGGAGGCCAGUAAGGAGGUUAUGACGAAGGUAGCAGAGCCAGUUGUUGCUGACUCUGAAAAAAAGACUGAUGAUGAGUCUGCUACGGUCACUGCAAAUAAUGAUGCUUCUGUUGCUGCUGAAGAAUUUGACGUUGGUGUCAAAGCCGUUGCAGCUGCAGCAAAGCCAGGUAGUGCUAUGGAAGAAGUUGCAUCUGUGACGACUACACAGCCUGAAGCCGAUGUUGAGAAAAGGCCUACGGUGGGGUGCAAGUCGGGCGGCAGUAGUACUACAUCAGAGGAAGACACUGAGACGGAGUACUCGGGCGCCGCGCGACCCAACAUAGCUGAAAAGGCCGCGUCUGCUUUGGUCCCGGUGAAGAAGGAAGCGGUUGAGACCCAGACGAUUGAGAUGACGCCUGCCAAGGAGUCAGUCGUCUUUAACUAA